AUCAAGAACUCCGAGUUCGACCGCUACGGCUUCAAGAAGACCAACCACUACAUCUCCACAAAGGACUACAACGACUGGUGGGAUGAGUACUGCCCCCACUUGAUUAGGCGGAAAAACAAGUGGGUGAAGCUUUUGGAGAAAAACGGUCUCUACUUGAACAGCGAUGGCAUACCCUCGAGGUUCCCCGUCAAGUCAGAAGAAAUGUCCAAGUUCGUCAAGAAGGGCAUACCGGCCGAAUGGAGAGGCCGUGCCUGGUUCAGCUUUGUCCACGGGAACGAAAGGAUCAAGGAGAACAAGGGCCUGUACGAAGAGUUGGUGAAACAAUCCAUCGACCUGGUCAACGAAAACACAGACGCCAUAGAAAAGGACUUGCACCGUACUUUCCCGGAAAACAUCUACUUCAAAAACUAUACCGACCCUGCAACCAACACCGAAGUGGAGUCGCCAAUGUUGAAUACGUUAAGAAGGGUUUUGAAAUGUUUCAGCUUGUACAAACCAACCAUCGGCUAUUGCCAGUCCCUCAAUUUCAUUACUGGCCUAUUGCUGUUGUUCAUGGAGGAGGAGGAAACUUUCUGGAUGUUGGUCAUCAUAACUGAGAAGUUUUUGCCCGGUGUUCAUGAAUCCAACCUCGAAGGCUUGGCAGUCAACCAAGGAAUGCUCCUCUUGUGCUUGAAGCAGCAUUUGCCCGAUGUUUGGAAAAUAAUCAUGGAUAAUGACAGAGAAGACUGCGACAGCUACGAUUCAAACAACGACGACGACACCUCCUACCUUUUCUUCUUGCCGACUCUAACUUUCUGUACCACCAACUGGUUCAUGUCUUUAUUCAUAGGAGUUCUACCCAUUGAGACUACUUUGAGAAUCUGGGACAUUAUCUUCUACGAAGACUCCAAGACAAUCUUCCAAAUUUGCCUAGGCAUUUUCAAGAUGUUGGAUCCAGAGUUACGCAAGAUCUAUUUAUCAAUGAAUAACCGAAGUAGCUCCAACCUGAGCGACACGGGUAACACUAGCUUUGGCAGCGUCAAUUCCUUCAACAAAGAAUUGCUGUCAAGUGAAUUAUUCCAACUGAUCCAGAAUACCCCGAAAAGAAUCGUGAACGUCAACUUGUUCAUUGAGGAAUGCUUCAGACAUGAUUCGUCUUCAUUUUGUAAAUUAACACAACCUGAAAUUCAAAGAUGUCGGAAUUUCGUCAUUUCUUCACGUGAAAGGCAUUCGACC